UUAAGAAUCCGAUCAAACCAAAUUAUAUCGGUUUUAACUCGGUUAAUUAUGCUAAACCGAACCAAAAUUGAGUUGACCGAUGCGCAGAGAGAGCGACCGGUAUUCAGCAAGGACAAAUUGAAGAAAACCAAACCCUUUGGAUUGGAAAAACCUCUUUCUUUCGGGUCUCCGUCGACAUUGAUCCGUUUCUUACUCUCCGUCGCCGUUGAAAUGGCGAAGUCUUGUAAGGGUCUUGCUGAAGAGCUUGUCAAAUGUCUCAGUGAAUCGACCUGCGUCAAGGGCGAGAAACGGUCAAUUAGGGACUGCGCAGGUGAAAAGAGCCCAUGUAUACCAAGUGAGUGUAUUGGCCUAAGAGAAACAUACUUCAACUGUAAAAGAGGACAGGUAGACAUGAGAGCCAGGAUACGAGGAAACAAAGGCUACUAACAGAAGAGCACCUGCUUGUUUCACACUUUCACUUUGUUGUUUUUGCGUUCUUUUUAUCAAUUCCUUUGAUUUCUAAUAGUUGGAGCACAAUAUGAAGGAGCAAUGCAACUUAGUUACUUGCCAUGUCAAUAUCAAGUUAGGCUUGUUCCUAUACUCAACUUGAUUUCCUUUCCUUUUUAAAGUUGUAUUACACAUGGGGCUAGAUGCUAUUAUUGAAUGUCGUGUUACUUAAAAAAAGGGUAAGAAUGAAAAAA